GUCAGGCUGCUGGACGGGACUAGUCUGUGCUCAGGCAGACUGGAGGUGAAGUCUAACCAGAGGUGGUCCUCAGUGUGUGAAGCUGACUUUGACCAGCAGGAUGCAGAGGUGGUCUGUAGGGAGCUCGGCUGUGGGGCUCCUUCAGUCCUCCAGGGGGCGCUCUAUGGAGAAGUGGAGGCUCCGAUGUGGACCAAAGAGUUCCAGUGUGGAGGCCAUGAGUCUGCUCUCCUGGACUGUAGAAGCUCAGGCUCAGCUAGAAACACCUGCUCACCUGGAAAAGCUGUUGGACUCACCUGCUCAGAGCCUGUCAGGUUGGUGGGAGAAGCCAGUCGCUGUGCAGGAACUCUGGAGCUGAAACAUCAGGGAGACUGGAGACCAGUGAGUGAUCCUCUCUCUGUCUGGACCCUGAAGACAGCAGCUGGUGUCUGUAGAGAGCUGGACUGUGGCUCUGCUGUUUCUGUAGGACAGAGAGAGGAGUCCUCAGACAGACCUGUGUGGUUGAUCAGGUCUCCCUGUGGUCAGUCUGGAUCUGCUCUGAGAGAUUGUGCAAGACCAGGUUCCUCUCCCUCCAUCCUGGAUCUAACCUGCUCAG